AUGAGAUACCGAAGGGACGCGGAACCAUCCAUUUCAGAAUUACCGUCCGAGACUCCUCAACGUAAUUCUGAUACUUUGGAAGAUCGUUGGCAAAUUUUGUUUGAGAAUCAAAAUAAAAAUAUGAUGGAGUUAAUUCGAAAAAUGCAAAGUCCAACUGCUGAUUCUCAUCAUGAAGUUACUUUUCCGCUAUUCAAUCCGGAUGAGCAAAAUAUCAAUGCACAAGCUUGGUGCCCGACAGCUAGCUUGUGUAUGCAAGAACAGGAACUUCAAGGGAGCAAGUUAGUAAAUGCGUUGAGUGAAGCUAUGAAAGGAUCAGCUGCAUCUUGGUUCCCUCAAAUCAGCUUCAACGGAAUGACUUGGGAACAAUUCAAAAACAUUUUUUUCGCGCGAUAUGAAAUUAUUGAAACUCCCGCGGCGACGUUACUUUCGUUAUAUUCUGGACAGCCAAAUGGAGAUGAAAAUAUCGCUGCAUAUUCAAGUCGAGUUUUAAGUGUUCUUAUUCCACGACUACAACUGAUGAAUUCCGAAGAAAUUGCUGUUUGGAUUGUUCUUUCUCAUGUGGCUCAGUUGGAUCCACGUUUAGAACGUUUGGCUCUUACUACGGAAAUAAGUUCUCGAACGAAGUUACAACAAGAACUCAUGGCAGUUGAUUACCGAAAAAGAGCUUUUCCUUUUUCUCAAGCCAGAGAGGGCUCAUCGUUCGAUUCCAAACGAUUGAGAACUUAUGUAUCUUCAUUAAAAUGCUUUCACUGUGGAAAAUUUGGACACAAAAUAUCGGAGUGUCGAAGUCGUUCAUUGAGCACCAUCCCGGACAACUUUGGAAAUCUUUCAAAGAAAAUACCCUCCACCGCUGUGAAAUCUUCUGUGACGUGCUUCAAAUGUGGAGAAGUUGGACAUGUUUCUACAAGCUGCAAGAAGUCUUCUGGAUCUGGACAAAAUACCCUUGCUCAAGGUCAAAUGGAGCGUCGUGUUAAUUCGUGUUCUAUUCAACCGACUUUUGGCGAUUUACUACAUUCCGGUGAGAAGUUUUCAUUUUGUUUUGAUUCCGGUGCUGAAUGCUCUCUGAUUAAAGAAAGCAUUGCUAAAAAAUUUUCAGGAAAACGUCAGAACUUUGUAGUCAUUCUUUCCGGUAUCGGUCCUUCCAGUAUUCAAAGUGUCAUUCAAAUCUUGGCACAAGUGACUAUAAAUGAUCAUUGCCUGGAAAUUUUAUUUCAUGUGAUUCAUGAUGAUUUUCUUAGUACUGAAAUUCUUGUUGAAAGAGAAAUAUUAUCUCUUGGUUACUCAAUAGAAAUGACAGUUGACAGUUUAGUUCUAAAAAAAAUUCCGAGGGUUAAUGUUUGUGAAGUAGACUAUCAUUCAUUUAAUUUUGACGAAAUAAAAACAGACGUUUCUGAAUUUGACAAACGUCUCUUGGUUGAUGUUUUAAACAAAUUUCGUUCAACUUUCGUCAUAGGAACACCUAAAUCUAGAGUAACGACUGGACAACUUGAAAUUCGAAAUGCUAGAUCCUAA